AUGGGUUUGUGCGUCAACCUCGAGACAAGACCGACAUGGAGAGCAUCUGCAUUUCGAGUUUGUGGGUACUUGAAUUUGACCAGAAAUGGCCUCUUGGAACACUCCAAGAAAUUUCAAUUCGAACAUAUCCAAAUACGAAUAGAGGGUAAGCACUGCAUGGUCACAGGAGCGAAUUCUGGCGUUGGUUCUGCAACUGCUGAGGAUCUUGCUUCACGUGGGGCAACUUUUUAUAUGGUGAGUCAUAACAAGGAGAAAGGAAAAAUUCAGUCUUCAACAGGCUUAUUGCAGAUUUGCCAUCUUUCAUCCAUCAGCAAGAUCAAGUCCUUUGCGUCCAGAUUCUCUUCUAAGGAUGUUCCAGUUCAUGUUCUGGUCAACAUUUCUGGAUUGAUGGAGCACAAACAGGUCACCACAUCUGAAGGAUUUGAGUUGAACUUUGCUGUAAAUGUAUUGGGGACUUAUGCCACAACGGAAUUAUUGUUGCCUUUGCUAGAGAAAGCUGCACCUGAUCACUGCUCCCUUGACCAGUGAUUUUUUCUUCCUCUUCUCUACCCAUUCCUAAACCUCUUGAUACUGCUUUAGUUCAAUUAGUGGAUGCUUAUGAAACUCCCCUUUGAUUGUGAACUGCAGUUUAGUGAUGGAAAAGUUGAUGGGGGUAGAGCAAUACUCUAAGAAGAAGCGAGUUCAGGUCAGUUAAGUUGAUAGCUUUUUCACUGCCGGAAUUUAUUAAGAAAGUUCUUAUUCUUUUUUGCUGAUUAAUAUUUUACAUAUUACAUUAGUGUGGUAAUGUAUUGCCAGUAAUUCAACUAAAUUAAAUGGCCUGCAUCUAACUUAUCUAAUUUAGAUUAAGAAAACAAAAUAUUGUAGAUUGCUUGCUAGAUCAGCAUUCUAAUUUAUCUUGGUUUUACAUCAACAUGUAGCAGAAAUAUACACAUGCAGUUUGUCUUAGGCUUUUCCUCGAUGUUCAUUGAAGGCUUUUAUUGUCUAUUUUGGUGUAAAUGUCAAUAUGAUGUAUGAUUUUCAUUUACUGAACUUCAAUGCAAUA